AUGGUGGUGGAAAACCGAGCGGACUCGAUUCUCCGUAUCGACGGAGGUUUCGCCGAGCAGCGAGGGGGGCGGAUCCCCAUCCACAGCCUCCUCACGCCGUCCACGGCUGAAUCUAGAUCACGGCAGACGUCGUCUUCACACUCUCCUGCGAGCUCGACCAGCUUCACCGCCCUCAACUCCACCUACAGCCAGUGCCCAGGAGAUGCUCCCGCACGUAGUCCCAUGCGAGCCACCCUUGGCUCUCCCAUCCAGAACGUUAUUAGGUCGAAUGACGCUGUGGCACCUCCCCUCGUCGCUGCCGACAUGCAAGGCAGAACGCGUCGAGCGCCCCGACCCUCGUACAGCGAAGAGCAGAAGUUCUUUAUCAUGUAUGCACGCUUGGUCAAGGACCAGACCUGGCCAGCAAUCGAGGACCAGUUCAACAUCAUCUUCGGGACUCGCACCAAGGGUGGGCUGACGUCCGUGUACUACCGGGUUAGAAGAGAUUGGGGGUUGGCGGAGGUGUUGAAGAGCGGGCCAGACUCAUUCAGGGCGGACUGCAAAGAGGUUGAGAGGCGCGCGAGGAACUUCUCAGCUGAGUUCCUCGCGCAGAUUGGAUACCUCACUGGCUGA